UGUAGACGUAGUGGUCAUUAUGCCAAAGAAAAAGAUUACAUGAAUCAUCGUUAUUUUUAUAAACGCGUAUAUUAUCUUGCUGUAUUAUCCGCUGCUUUGCAAGACAAGAAUUCGAUAUUGAACGUAAAAGUAGAAUUUGGCGCACUUAAUGGAGAUAGGUGUCGUCCAACUAUUUUACUUAAAGAUUAUCCUGCAUUUAACGAUGCAUGUAAGCUAGCUAAGAUGUGGCUUCAUCAAAGAGGCAUAGGUGGAGUAGACGGAAGAAAGAAAUUAGCUAAUGGGUAUAGUUCUUAUCAAUUAAUUAAGGGAACUAUGGAUUUUUUGGUUGGUAACGUAACAAUUGAAAGAAUAAAAUUCAAAGUUCAAACAACACUACAAGGAAUUCAAGGUCUUAAAUCAUCACUAACUAUAAUUAAUUCUUUAAAAGUUAUUAGUAGAUCACCGGAAUUUAUGAAUAUUAAAUUAUUGGUUAGUAUGUUAAAUCUAUCAAAUGUUAAAGUCGUUCUUGAUAGCGAUGUCAAAUUUGAUUUAUUAUUCCUUGCACAAUUUUCACCAAAUAAUAAUGACAAAAAACAACAAAUUGGACGAAAUUUAUUGAAUAAUUUUUUGGCAGGGAAAACAAAUAAUGUAAUAAUUAAAGGAACAACAAAUUCCACUAUUUUAGAACCUUUACGGGAAGCUUUUGAAACUUUAGAAUUGACAACAGUUAUACCUGGUCUUGUAACUGAAACACCAAUUCUAAAAAAAGCAUUCUUCUCAAUUAGAUUUAAUUCACUAUUUGAUAAAAAAGGGAAAGCUUCAAUUGAGAUAUUUAACCCGUUAAAUACAGUGAUAAGAUUUUUAAUGAUUGAUAUGAAUGUUACAGUGAAAGAUAAAUUAAUUGGAAUUAUUAAUCAAAAAUUUGGUAUGGAUGUAGAUGCUGUAAAUGGUGAUUUGAAAGUUAAUGUUACAAGUAAUAUUUUAAUUAGUGUUGGAAAUGAUGAUGGUGGAUUUAUG